AUGGCAAUGCAUCUGGCCAGUAUGGUACACGGUAACGUGAGGGAGCGUGACGCUUUCCAACACGCACAACACUCGCCCUACUAUCCAGCACCGCCGCCUCGGGCAUAUCCUGGCGUCAAUGUGAAUGUGGCUCCCCAGUCCUAUCCUGCACCAGCACAGCAGGCCGAGUACCACCAGUAUCAGCGCCAACGGCCGCAAUCACCGCCUUCGCCGCCUGCAGAGGAGCAAAAGCCCUCGCUGCCAUCCAUUUCACACCUGCUCGAGUUUGCCGGGAGUGAAAAAGCUGCAGCGGAAACAGUUGCUCAAAGUCCUCAGUCACAGCAGCGCCAGUCGUCAUCGCCACAACCAAGGCAGGCACAACAUAGAGGGGCAGCCAGCAUGCAGCAACCACCACCACCAUCACAAAUGCAGUCGAGCCGCCCAGAGCAAUGUAGCACCUAUGCAUCUGUUCCCUCAGGCUCCAACCCCAGGAUGACACUCCCUCCCACGCCGCCAAUGCACCCAGACGUAGCGCAUGAUGGCAACCAGUCCCCCUCGGCCGCUUCGAAUCACUCUGCUGCUUCGGUACCCUACUUCGUCGGCUCAUCGCUCAACAACAUGGAGCCGCACCACCAGCGGCAAUCUAUCUCGUCCAUGCCCUCGGUAAAGCGAGACUCGAUACCCUCCCACAAUGUGUCUCCGUACAGUGCUGCUUCAGUCUAUGGCCAAUCGCCUUAUGCAUCUUCACCCGGCGCUGCGUCAGCGACGUCAUAUUACUCGCCAGAGCAGCACUCGUACAACGCCGCAAACAUGUACGCCCAGCGACCCCUGCCAUCAAACUUCCAGCCGCAAGCCAUGCCACUGCCCGUUCCAGUACCGAGCCCGGCGGCGAACAGCUCGAACCCAUGGCAACAUCACCACUACAUCAGUACCGCCAGCCAGUCCCAGUUUCCACAAUCGCAGGAUCGCUACAUCUGCUCGACAUGCAACAAGGCCUUCUCGCGGCCGAGCAGCCUACGCAUCCACAGUCACAGUCAUACUGGCGAGAAGCCCUACAAGUGCCCACAGGCAGGGUGUGGCAAGGCCUUUAGCGUACGAAGCAACAUGAAACGACACGAGCGAGGCUGCCAUGCAGCAACGAGCACCACCCUUACGACCUGA